GCCACGCACCCCUCGCACGCGCACAGACACAACAGAUCGAAAGCAGUAUCCAUUAGCAAAACAGAGAAAUGAGGGUCUCGCCGGCGGAUUCAGGCGACGGAGCAGCCGGGGGUUCGCCGCGCAGCGAGGUUUUCGCACAGAUCGAUGGAAGAAGGAGAACAACAAGUCAGACGGCAGAUCCAGACCCCGCCCACAAUGGAAAGAGAUGGAGAAGAAAUAGAAGUAGCAGCUCCGUUGGGAUCGACAAGCAGGUCCACUAAACACACAUCUAGGAUAGCUAUUCAGAAAGUAACAGAGGUCGUUGCUGCAUUAUCGGAUUACAAAAGAUUCCUUGUUGAGGAGAUUGGCUUCGAGGGUGUACUGCGUAUCCCCAUGAUUCAGAAAAUCAAUCUCAAGUUCAGCAAGUUCCUCAUGACCAAGGUGGAUGUGAAAGAGCAUUGCAUCAUCCUGAGAGACGGUGGAACGCCAAUUACUUUUUAUCCAGAGGAUUUCCACAAAGUGUUUGGCAUCCCAUGUGGUCAACGAGACAUCCAUGGGAAAGAUGCAGACAUCACAUUUGAAGCAAUCGAGUUCAUCAGGAACUCUAUAGGGUGGACAGAGAAAUCUGAUCGCAGCUUAAGUUCGCUUGAAGUGUUCAUCGGCAAGGAAAUAAACGAACUAUCCAGCCGUCUAGAAAAGGAUUCCUUCAAGAUGGCGUUUGUUGCGUUUGUGAUGGGCAGUCUGUUCGCACCGUGCACCAAACAUGAUCACUCAACCAUCGACUACUGGGGCGCCAUCAAGGAUGCGGAAAACAUCUCCCUCUUCAAUUGGUGCAAAUAUUCAUUCAAUUUUUUACUAGAAGCAGUCUGCAAACUGAAGUUGGAAACACAUGCAAACAUAACACCCAACCACCUCUCUGGGUGUCACCUUUUCUUUCAGGUAAAUCCAUCAAAAUCACAGUUGGAUAGGCCAAAUUCACUAAAAUAA